AUGGCUUCACUCUUUUCACUAGCCCCUUCGUUUGGGGCGGAAGCAGCUCGCAGGUCUCUGCCGCGGACGGCGUCUCGCCAGGGAACUGCAUUCUCGCCGACGGUCCGCCGUCCAUGUCGCCUGUCGGCAAUCAAAGAGGCCGAGACCUCCCUUCACUCCCCUUCGUGCAAGGGAGAGCCUCGUUUCUUCGGCUGCGUCAGGCGAGUAGGAGGCGCAGCAGCGAGCGGACAGGCAGAGCAAGGCAGCCGGCGGGGAGUUCGACAGAGCCUGCAAGGUUUUACUGAUUGCAGCUCCUCAUCGACACCUGGCGGGCACAAACGUGCGCUCGCUGUAGCGCCCCUCCAAUGCACUCGACAUCGCAGGUCUUGUGCGUUUGCGCACCUGGAUACCUCAGCAUCUCCCGCUUCGCUCGCUCCACCAAGUCUCGCCUCUGGGCAGCCGCAGGGCGCCGGCGCCGACGUCGCGCCCGCGUUCGCGGCCUCGCCAGUCUUUACUCCAGCCUUCCGGUGGCCUUCCGCCCAGCUCCCGUCUCGCCUGGCGGGUCGGCGAGCCGCUGUCUGCGUCUCGCGCGCGCGUCUGGCGGGCCGGACGCGACCCGCGGCUUCCAACGGCCAGCUCGCGACUGCCGCGCCGCCGGGGGCAGACGAGGAGGAGGGCGUCGUCUCGCUGUCUGAGCCGCUCCCGCUGACACCCUCCUUCGUGCCCUCUGUGGCGUUUGCUGCGCACAAACCGGUCCCCCUGGACUCCCCUCUGUCUCCGAGUCUGCACGCAACCCCGCAGGUGCGCCGACCCGGGAGCGUCGUUCGCAUGAACGAAGUCAUCCGCCACUGGUGGUCGGUCCCCGCCGUCGGGUUCAACAGCGUCCUCGAAGUCCCCAUUUACCGCUUCGAGCUCUUCCAGAGGCGAAACGAGGAGGCCGAGGACAGCUACGAGGAGGCGCGGGAGGAACUUGUGGAGCAUCCAGACGAAGAAGGGUGCGUAGUGCUGCCCAACGACAUCUUCGGUCUUCCGAUACGGCCAGAUAUUCUCUAUCGGUGCUACUGGUUUUAUCGGCGCGCCAUCGCGGGGUGGACCGAGCGCAUGCAGCUCUUCAAGCGAGAAUGGCCAGGCAGCAAGAGGAAGCUGAGGCCGCAGCAGCGGUCAGGGCGAGCGCGUAUUGGAUGGAGGAAGGCGCCAGGGAAGUACGUCGGCGUCAAAGCGCAUCCCCUCCGCCCCCACGACCAGCGCAUCAAGAUUCCCAAGCGCCUUCUCUGGCAGGGCCUGAAGAUAAUGCUCUCCGCCAAGUUCGCGCAGGGUCAGAUCAAGGUCGUGGAUCACUUCAACCUCCAGUCCCACAAAACAAAGCACUGCGUCCGCCAUCUCAGGCGCAUUCUGGGGCGAAAGUGCCCGUCCGCCCUCCUGGUCCACGAAGGCACGACGGACGUCAACGACAACUUCCGCUACGCCACGGCUCAUAUCCUCGCUGUCCGCAGAGAAAACGUUGAGGGCGUCAACGUGUACAAUCUCUUGAAGUACCGCCAGCUUGUCAUCACGGAGAAAGCUUUGCUGAAGCUGAUUUACAACAUCCAGACCUACCCCGAGAAGCGCGGAUGGCUGCCCAAGUACGCCACGCCCGACGGCCGUCCAGCCCCGGUCCCUGAGAAGGUCGAGGGCUGGGAUCGCGAGUGGAACGAGAUGAAGGAGAGAGAGCGCAACGCCAAGUUCAGCAAGGCGCUGCUUCGAGAACGAAUUCUCAAAUGGAAGUGGUCCGACGAGACAAAGGGGGCCAUUAAAAUCUCACGCGUCGACCCCUUCAAGGGUUUCCGCCUUGCGCGGUUCUCGCUGCACCAACCGACGAUGCCGUGGGAAAAAGUCGAAGAAAGCUACGUAGAUACCGACCCGCUGGAAGAAGAUGAGGAGGGCGAUGUCUUUGACGAGGCUCAGGCGGAGGAGACGCAACGGUUGGAGCGCCUAGAUGAUGAAGAGCUUCCCAGUGCGGAGGCGUUUGAUGAGACGGAUCUGAACGACGUUCCACUGGCAGAGCGAGUGACGAGAUCGAAGCGCCUUGAGAACUUCAAGAUGGAGCACUCUGUAAGCAGGAAUUCGCGUUCAGCUGAAGACUUGGCUGUGAAUGACGAAAGCAACAGCGCGGACGACUGUAAAGACGAGGAAAGCGGUUUCUUGCCUCCUGUGGACAAGUACGUCACCCGAAAGAACGGGAAAUGA